GCCGCCACAAUCACGGCGGAGGAGGAGGAGGAGGAGGAAGGACGGGCGCGGGCGGAGGAAGAGCGGGGCCGGUCCCGUCCUGUCCCGGCGGGCCCCGCCGUGCCUGUGAGCCCGCCCGCCCGGGUGGGGAGCGGAGCGGAGCAGCGGGCAGGAGCGGGGCUGGCAGCGUGCGAAGAUGGCUGGGGCCAUCAUCGAGAACAUGAGCACCAAGAAGCUGUGCAUCGUCGGGGGCAUCCUGCUGGUGUUCCAAGUCAUCGCCUUCCUGGUGGGGGGGCUGAUCGCUCCCAGCCCCACUACAGCUGUUCCUUACAUGUCAGUGAAGUGCAUUGAUGUAAGGAAGAACCACCACAAAACCAAGUGGCUGAUGCCCUGGGGACCCAACCACUGUGAGAAGCUCAAGGACUUUGACGAGGCGGUGAGCAGGCAGAUUGAAGCCAACGACAUCGUGUUCGCUGUGCACAUUCCCCUCCCCAGCAAGGAGAUGAGCCCCUGGUUCCAGUUCAUGCUCUUCAUCAUGCAGCUGGACAUUGCAUUCAAGAUGGACAAUGACCUAAAAGAGAAUGCAGAGAUCACCCUGGAUGUGUCGCUGGCGUAUCGUGAUGACAUGUUUGAUGACUGGAAGGAAAUAGCACAUGCAAUAGAGAUCAGGAAGCUGAAAUGCACCUUUGGCUCGCCAAAAACCCUGGAGUCGGAGGGCCGUCACUAUGACUGUGACUUCCUGCCCUUCAUGGAGAUCGGCAGCGUGGCUCACAAGUACUACCUGCUCAACAUCCGCCUGCCCGUGAACGAGAGGAAGGGCAUUAACGUGGGCAUCGGGGAGAUCAAGGACAUCCGCCUCGUGGGCAUCCAUCAGAACGGAGGCUUUACAAAAGUGUGGUUUGCCAUGAAGACCUUCCUCACACCCAGCAUUUUAAUCAUCAUGGUCUGGUACUGGAGACGGAUCACACUGAUGACACGUGCUCCUGUGCUGCUGGAGAAGGUCAUCUUUGCUCUAGGAAUUUCCAUGACAUUCAUUAACAUCCCCGUGGAGUGGUUUUCCAUCGGAUUUGACUGGACUUGGAUGCUGCUCUUCGGAGACAUUCGACAAGGCAUUUUCUAUGCCAUGCUCCUGUCUUUCUGGAUCAUCUUCUGUGGGGAGCACAUGAUGGACCAGAACGAGAGGAAUCGUCUCUCGGGGUACUGGAAGCAGGUUGGACCCAUAGCUGUUGGCUCCUUCUGCCUCUUCAUCUUUGACAUGUGUGAGAGGGGAGUGCAGCUGAAGAACCCCUUCUACAGCAUCUGGACCACUGAAGUUGGCACAGAGCUGGCUAUGGCCUUUAUUAUAGUUGCGGGAAUCUGCCUGUGUCUCUAUUUCCUCUUCCUGUGUUUUAUGGUCUUCCAAGUGUUCAGGAACAUCAGUGGGAAGCAGUCAAGCCUCCCAGCCAUGAGCAAGGCUCGCCGCCUUCAUUACGAGGGGCUGAUUUUUAGGUUCAAGUUCCUGAUGCUCAUCACCCUGGCGUGCGCGGCAAUGACGGUCAUCUUCUUCAUCGUGAGCCAGGUGACCGAAGGCCACUGGAAGUGGGGGGACAUCACGAUACAAGUGAACAGCGCCUUCUUCACCGGCAUCUAUGGGAUGUGGAACCUCUACGUGUUCGCCCUCAUGUUCCUGUACGCACCAUCGCACAAGAACUACGGUGAAGACCAGUCCAAUGGUGACCUGGGCGUGAACAGCGGGGAAGAGCUCCAGCUCACCACCACCAUCACCCACGUGGACGGGCCCACGGAGGUUUACAAGCUGGCUCGGAAGGAGGCUCAGGAGUGAUGCUGAGGUGGCCUCAUCGGGACCCAGACUGGGGUGGAGAGCAGAGGACAGCACAAGGCCUGUGGCAGGAGCCCUCUCCGACCUGCCUUGCUCCUCGAGCACCCCGUGCCUCGUGUGUUUCACAGAGCGUGACACCGAGCAGAGCAUUUGUAAACUCUUUUUAACCUGGUGUAGUCAUUUCUGGGGGGAGGGAUAUGUCCAUUGCGUUACACUCCAGCACGUAAAAACCAGACAGAAAAGCAUUAAGGUUGCAAAGUCGCCUGUUCAGAUGUAGGGGAAGGAGCAGAGCUGAUGUUGGGCAGUUGUUGUUUGGCUGUUGUGUGCCUGUCAUAAAGGUGGUGCUGGGAGCUCAGGCAGGGAGCAUGGAUUUGGUACUUGGAGCAUCUUCUUGUGUGCAACUUCAACAAGGUGUUGGUUGGGGGGAACUAACGCUUCCUUGUAAGAACAUUCAGUUCCACCAUCUAUAAUGGUAUUGAACCUUGUUUGAGGUCUUUAGUACAGUCUUGCAGCAAACCCCUGUCACUUGAGUGAAGCACAGCUGGGGGAAGGAGCAGCCUGUGUGUAAUACAUACAAUUCUAAUAGAAGCAGCAGCUUGCUUUCUCAGUAGGUUUUACUGCUGUUUGUUAAAUAUAGGGCAGUGUAAAAACCGGAUGCUUGAGCUGAGUUGCAGGAGAAGGGAGGUCUCCUGUCCUGAAUUCCCAGAGGGACUGUUCCCACAGCCUGUUCUCAGCCCCUUUUGGUUUCCCUUGCUUUUAUUGUCUUCCUCUUUUUGUUAUGGCUUACUCAUUCUUAUGUGCUUCCAUGCCACGGAGAGAAGACAAAGGCCACGGAGGGACAGUGUGUCCUCAGCUCCUGUGCCUCUGAGCCCCUCCUUGCACUGCUGGCAUGCAGCAUGCUUGGCAGAGCUGGAUUCUUCCAGGGAUUAUUGGACUGAUGUGGAUAUUUGGUUUUUCGGAGCAGAAUCAGGCAAUGAGGUCGCUCACCCCUGUGCUGUGGCUGGGCAGGUCUGGCUGUGACACUGCAGUAGGUCAGGGGAGUGGGGACUGAGCUGGGCUGGAGACUUAAACUGGGCUGUGCUGGGGACCAGCUAAGAGGAGCGUUAAUGGUGUGUGAGGGAAGUCGUGUGGCCAGAAGGGUCUGUGCUACUCCAGACACACAUUCCAGGGCCUGGAGGAUCCGGAAGGCCUCAAUAACUGAUCCUAGUAAAGAGCUGUGUUAACUGCUAGUAACAUGUAACUGCUAGUAAUGUGUAACUCACCUUCCUGGUUUUGCCCCUAAAAGAUAAGCAUCUGCCGCUGCUGUCUGUUGGUGAAGGGUCAGAGAUGAGGGAAAGAAGGGAGGCUUCCAAAGCCACAGUCAUUGCAGGUACCAGUCCUGGAAGAAGGGACAUACUGUUCUUGGAUUCUUAAAAUUUCUGAAGUUGCACAUCAAUUGUCAGAGUAUUAAGGCUGCAAAAUGGAAAUAUAAUUGGGAAAUACAAGAAAUGAGAUGAUUUAUGAAACCUUAAUCCAUCUCUAGUGGAUCUCAAUGUGUGCAUCACAAUGUCCAGUUAAAGCCCAUGCGUGCUGGCUCUGCUGUCACAUUGGAGUUUGUGAGUGAGAGCUCUGGGCAGGAGCUGAGGCUGUGCAGGGAGGGCUCUGCUUUGCACUGGGAGAUGCUGGUUCAUCCCAGUUCCCACAGCUCGUGCUCAGUGAUGCUGGUCCCUGCCUGCCCUGCGCACCCAUCCCACUGUCUGCAUGGGACUGCUGCUGCUCCGUUCAGCUCUGACCAUCCCUGCCACCAUGUCAAGCAUGUUAGUAACCAAAUACAGCACCAGCUUUCCCUGCCUUUUGCUUUCCCUUCCCAUUUUUCUGGAGAUGAGUCAACACUUCAGCUGGGGUGAGGUAUUCACAUAAUUCAUAGAGUCCUGGAAUGGUCUGGGUAGGAAGGGACCUUAAAGCUCAUCCAAUCCCAACCCCAGUCAGCGCCUCAGCACCCUCCCAGGGAAGAGCUUCUGCCUAAGAGCUCAUCUCAGUCUCCCCUCUGGCAGCUUAAAGCCAUUCCCCUUGGCCUGUCCCUACAGGCCCUUGUCCCAAGCCCCUCUCCAGGUUUCUUGUAGCCCUUUUAGGCACUGGAGCUGCUCUGAGGACUCAGCAGCACCUCAGCCAGGAUGUGGGGUCAGAGCUGAGGAACAUUGAACCCAUCACUCUGGGUGAGGUCCCUCAUGUGCUGCUGUGUCUGAGCAUGUGGAGUCACUGUAGCACAGAAAAAGUGCUAAGAACUACUUCAGGAAGUUAACUUUGGGUGAUUUUGGGAUACUUGAACUGGAACACUAAUAAGUUUUUAUAAGCUUGGGCUGUUUAAAGUGGGCUGACAGUGCCCUUAUACUGAAAGGAAACGUGGUUUAACAGAAAUAAAAGGAGGGGGCACACCGACUGUACAAGGAAUAAGUGCUGCAACCACAGCUUCAACACGAUAGCAAAAUGUAACCUGUGAGCAAUUUACACACAGAAAGUAAGCACUGGGAGGUCCAAGAAUUGAAUCAUAGAAUGGUUUGGGUUGGAAAGGCCUUUAAGACCUCGUUCCAACCCCCCACCAAGGAACAAGCAGUGUUCCUACUUGCAGUAGUUGAGGUACAAAGUGAACUGAAUCAACACACAUCACCCUGUGCUCGACUUUGCAACUUUAACGUCCUUUUUUAUGUUGGGUUCUUACGUGAUAUUUAUGUUGUUCCCAUAGAUAUGUCCACGGUUUGUUUCACAGCUUAGGGUAGCACUGUGUUUUGUAAGGGCUCCUCACAGUGAGGGAGCUGCAGCUUUCAAACCAAAUCGUGUGUCAGACACUAACAGUCUGUUUAUGGGGGGUGUGUAUGUGUGUGCGUUGGGUGGGUUUUUUACUUCCUAAUUCCUCAGCCCUACUUGUAUGUCUCAGAAAUAGUCCCUGGCUCUUAUUAAAACAUAUUCCUUUUUUUUGGUUAGGUCGAGUUCAGUUUUUACAGACCGCUUCAAGCAGCCUGCAAAACGUGUAGUUUUGUUAAUUUAAAUAAAAUAUACACCUUGUG